CUCCCAGCAGCUGAGACCAUCCAUCCUAAAAAUAGAGUCAAUCACUCAGCCAGCGAGCCACAGACAGAACUCUCUCUCUAGUCAAGUCUUUUCUACACAUAUAAGGAAAAUCAGUCAAAACAUUUACACAAACUACGUCAAAUCUACGAGAUGCCAAAGAUUGUGAGACCAGAGAACUGUCAACCAGCCAGAACACUGUGGUAUGACCGGAAAAAGUACAUCACUAUCAACUUUUCGGUUCAAAACCCAAAAGAUGUUCAGGUAGAUAUUCAGGACACAAAAAUUACUAUGAGAUGUAAAGAUGUGGAUGACAAUGAUAUCUACAAUGAGAUUGAAUUUUAUGAACGCGUAUUAAAAGCUGAUUCACAGGAGAAGGUCUUUGACCGGACAAUUCAUAUAUUAAUAAGGAAAAGAAAGGAAAAUGUGGCAUGGCCUCGACUCCAGAAAGAUCUAGCAAAGCCAGCAUGGCUGUUAGUAGACUUUGAUAACUGGAGGGACUGGGAAAACGAGGAAGAAGAUGGCAUGGCAGAAUAUGAGCAAUAUGUAGAUAUGCUUAAUGACAUGAAGAACAAAGGAGAGCCACCUGCCAUGGAUGAUCUGGAUGAUCUCAGUGACUGAGUGGAACAGCGUUGUCCAAGAUGAAUCUACACAGUUCAGUUUUUCAAAAUGUGAAUGCAGUAAAAGUCUAUUCACAUUGCCAAAAAUAAACUUGCAAUAGAUUUUUUUUUUUUUUGGAUCAGUACAUUAACCCUGGCAUUGUGAACUAGACUUAUGUAAUAUAACUGUGACAUGUUUACCUUUGAUUUUCUUGAAUUCCUUGCAAAAUCAUUGUUGCUUUGUGUGAAACAAAAUAGAUGUGUAUUUAUUUUCUAUUUGUGUUGUUAUAUAACUGAGGAAAUAGAUUGUGUAUUCACAAACUAUAACGUUUGUUUUCUACAUUAAAGACUUUAUGCUUUAGUAUUUU